UUGUUAGGUGACGUAUCGAACAAGCGAACAGAAGAGAGCAUCGUGUCGCGAAGUCGACGGUGCACGUAGCCAAAAUUCAAAUCAUGUCCGUCGCCGAACUAGUAUUCCGUUUCAUAAGCGCCCAAGUUGAAGCUCCUAAAGCAGAAAAUCUCACAGAAAAUGUUGUGAACGCAACCACCAAACCGCCGAGCACGCCGGAAGGCAUGUUCGUGGCGUAUGGCAGUCUCGUCAUCAUGGCAAUUCUACCGAUUUACUUCGGUUCCUACAGAUCGGUGCAUUACCAUAAGGAGAAUGUAAGAAUCGUGAAUCGAAACAUAUCCCAGAUUUCUGACUUAAAGUUUCAGAAAGCCGAAAAAAUGACAAGUAAAGAUGCGGCGAUAUUCCCAAUCAUGGCUUCCGUUGCCCUGUUUUCAUUGUACAUAGUGUUCAAAUUGUUCUCCAAGGAGUACAUCAACAUGCUCCUGACUGGGUACUUUUUCUUCCUAGGCGUGUUGGCGCUGACGCAUUUAUUAAGUCCAAUAUGCAGUAAGCUGGUGCCUAGUGCAAUCCCCAACAUUCCCUAUCAUAUCUUAUUCAGGCAAGGUCAAGGUGAUAAAGCAUCAGAUAUCAUCAACUACAAAUUCUCCUCCUAUGAUGUGGUUUCAUUAAUUGUAUGCUCAUUGGUGGGUGCUUGGUAUCUGUGGAAGAAACACUGGAUUGCCAACAAUCUCUUUGGCCUUGCUUUUGCGGUUAACGCCGUGGAGUUACUGCAUUUGAAUAAUGUUGUUACCGGCUGCAUUCUGCUCUCCGGACUAUUCCUCUACGACAUUUUCUGGGUUUUCGGCACCGAUGUAAUGGUGACGGUCGCGAAGAGUUUUGAAGCGCCCAUUAAACUCGUAUUUCCACAAGAUUUGCUCACGAAUGGAUUGGCGGCGAAUAAUUUUGCUAUGUUGGGAUUGGGCGAUAUCGUCAUUCCAGGGAUCUUCAUUGCUCUGCUGCUGCGUUUCGACUUCAGCUUGAAGCGGAAGACCUACACCUACUUCUACGCCACUUGCUUUGCUUACUUUGCGGGUUUGCUCACCACUAUUCUGGUCAUGCAUAUGUUUAAACAUGCGCAACCCGCUUUACUGUAUUUGGUACCCGCAUGUUUAGGGACUCCGGUGGCGCUGGCAUUAGUAAAGGGAGACUUAAAAACGUUAUUUAGCUACGAAGACACCGUCGAAGAACCUACCAAGAAGCAAAAAGAACAGGACAAGAAGCACACGGAAAGUAAGAAGGCGAAAUAAACAUACACAAAUUUUAAAAAAUAAUGAAACGGUAUUACUAUCUAUAUUGAAAAUAUGUAUUUGAAAAAUAUAUUUGGAGAGAAAUUUUAAAAGAACAUGUACAACAUGUAUUAUUAACUGUGCACAAAACUUAAUUGUUCAUAUUGCUUAAGGAUGAGGAGGACUAUAUUGAUUCAUAAGAAAAUUUACAUUUUCGUUUGUAUUAGCUUAAAUUUAUUAAAUGAAACACCCACUUAUAAAAAAAA